UUUGAAGUUUGUAAAUUGGGUAACUGAGCCAUCACUUUCUCUUUCUUUAUAGACAACAGCUACACUAGUAGAGUUUUCAACUGAGAAAGAAAGAGAAUUGUUUUUCAUUUAUUCCUCAGCGAUUCAAUACUACAGCCUUUUACAGCUGAAAGCUGAUUCUUGAAAUUCGCGUAGAAGGAGGCAAACAGCUAUUUAUAUUCUCUGCAAACGCCGCUCGUGGCCAUUAAAGAUUAGACGGCUAUAAUUGUGAGAUUUGGUGUUUUGUGAUUGGUGAAAAGAAAAUUAUAUAAAGCAUUUUCACCUUUCCUUGAUCCGCCAUUUUCUCAUUUGUGUGCAUUGGUUUUAACCAUUAGAGCAAACUGUACUUGGGUUCUAUACAGAGAACUUUGAAGGAGAAAAGACUUGUUUUUGAGUUUGUUACUUAUAUUAUAUGGUUUAGUAGUUGACCAUUUUGAAAGGUGACAUAAUAUCCACAAUCAUCGGCAGGACGGUGAAACUUGUUGGGAUUAUUCUGUUGGCUUUGGAGGAACUUAAGGGAGUGAAACUCGGUCCUAAAACUCCGGAAUUGGCGUGUGGUAUUUAAAGAGUUAUGGGUGGUUGUUUAUUUAUGUGGUGAGAGGGUAACUGAGGAUUUUGAUGUGUAGUUGUGAUGAUGAAAACAAUGCAAGUAGAAGAAGUUUUCUUUGAUUCUGCUGAUUCUUUGGUGUUGGAGGAAGAGGAACUAGGUUUUGUGAAAAAGAAUUUGGGGUAUGAUGUAUGGUUGAUGGAGCCAGAAAGUGUGACGAGUCGACGAGAGAAGUUUUUGAAUGAAAUGGGAUUUGUUGGACUUGACUGCCUACCUAGUGCAGCCAGUGAUGAAUCUGAUUCAAUGGGGUUGAACAGGAUUGCGGAGAGUAGUGAAGCAGUUUGUAGUUCUGCUUCGGAGGAAGAGUUUAUGUGUAAUGAAAGGGAAUCUAGUGGUAAUGCGAAUUCAUUGACUGAUGAAUUAGAUCAGACUUGGUUUGAUGAUGAUUGCACUUCUUCGCGUUCUACGGAUGGAGAACAUACUUGUUUUGAUGCUACUUCCGACCACACACACGGUAAGGAUAGAAACUUGAAAAAGCAGAAAAUGAAGAAGUGGUGGAAACAAUUUAGCCUAAAGAUGAGUAAAAGUCAAUCUACUGAUGCAUUUAAGACUUCUAAUGAGAUAUUCACUGAAAAGCAGAAGGUAACUCCAAUGAAAGUGCAACUGAACAAGAAGAAAAUUAAUGAGUUUAGUGCGAUUUAUUGUGGACAAGAAAUCAGUGCUCACAGUGGUCUUAUUUGGGCAAUGAAGUUUAGCCCUGAUGGGAAAUAUUUGGCUAGUGCUGGUGAAGAUGGGGUUGUUCGGAUUUGGCUAGUCACAGUUGAUUCAUCAUGUGAAUCACCUAACUUCAGUUUAAGCAGUCACUGCGUCAAAGGCAAGCAUGGACAUAAAAAGAACAAGUCUUGUUAUACCCCUGUUAUUGUUCCUAAGAAGGCAUUCAAAAUCGAUGAGUCACCGCUGCAUGAAUUUUAUGGCCAUACUGCUGGCAUAUUGGACCUUGCCUGGUCCUCAUCUAACUGUGUUCUAUCUUCAUCCAAAGAUAAAACCGUUCGUCUAUGGAAAGUUGGUUUGGAUGGAUGUCAAGGAGUUUUUCAUCACAAAAAUUAUGUGACAUGCAUCCAGUUCAAUCCUGUUGAUGAGAACAUCUUCAUCAGUGGCUCCAUAGAUGGAAAAGUUCGUAUUUGGGGAGUUCCAGGAAAGCGAGUUCUGGAAUGGGCCGAUGCUCAUGACAUUGUGACUGCCAUAGCUUAUCAGCCAAAUGGCCAAGGUUUUAUAGUUGGUUGUAUCUCUGGUACUUGCUGCUUCUAUGAAUUGAACGAAAGCGUACUUUCCUUGAACACACAAGUACAUCUUCAUAGUAGGAAGAAAUCCUCUGGCAGCAGAAUCACUGGCAUUCAGUUUUUCGAAAAUGACUCCCGAAGAGUUAUGAUAACAUCAGAGGAUUCCAAAAUCCAUAUUCUUGAUGGGGUCGAGAUCGUGCAUAAAUAUAAAGGUCUAUCGAAAUCAGGAUGCCAUACAUCUGCUACAAUUAGCUCAACUGGAAAACACAUAGUAUCAGUCGGGGAGGACUCACGUGUCUAUCUCUGGGACAAUGCUGAUGAUAUAAACAUCCAAGCAUCCAAACAAACAAAAUCUAUACGAUCCUGUGAGCAUUUCCUCUCGGAAGGCAUUUCUGUUGCAAUACCGUGGUCAGGGCAGGCAACAACAGUAGUGGAUUCAGAAAAUUUUGGCAGUUCCAACUUUGAUCCACUAAGGGGUGAACAUCAAAAGGCUUCUUCUAAGACUUUGGAUUCAAGACGAUUUUCUGUUGGAAAUUGGUUUUCUAUGGAUGUGUCAUUUAGGGGCUCCGUGACAUGGCCAGAAGAAAUGCUUCUUCCACACGAAAAUGAUGAACACCUUUGUAGUUCUAAUGAUGAUGAUCUUCAUCAACAAUAUCAACAUAACAAGAACCUUAACUACAGAGCGUUGUCCCCGGCAUGGGGCCUUGUCAUUGUGACAGCUGGUUGGGAUGGAAAGAUUCGGACAUUCCAUAACUAUGGAUUGCCUGUCCGAGUUUAAGAGUGAUUUUGUUGUCACGAAUUCAAGCAUUUUUCCACAACUCGGACAUGUUUGAAUGGAUGGAAUAGCACCCUCUUCUUCUAAAAAUGUUGCUACAUCUGUGUCGGAUCU